GCAGGAAAAAGUGCAGUGGAGUCAUUCCAGAAUUUUCGGGUUGUAAAAGAGAAGGAGAGACAGUCAUGCUUCACAAAGAAAAAGGCACAACGGCCAGACAGCGUAAAGAUUUCAGUUGCUCUUAUGAGACUGAUAGAGGGAGAGCUCAGACCUGUCAGAGGAACAUCUCUACCGCUUGCUGUGAAACCAGAGCUAGAUGCAGAGCAGUUGCACAAAGCUGUUGUACAAAAAAUGAAAGACUUCAACCAAAAUUUGCAAAGCAGAGCCUACUUUCUUCUCUACCCUGAUGGUGCAAAGAUUAUAAAUAUACCAGGAACAGAAAAGCCCUUCACUGUGAAAUGCUAUAAGGAGGCAUUGGGAAAGGCAUACCAGCGCAUUACAGUGUACAUUUGUCCAGUUGAAGAUUUUCUUACCCAUUCUAAGGAACCAAACUCAGAGAAGUCUGAUUCAGACUCAGAGGUGUUCAUUACAAGCAGAAGCGUUGCAGAAUUCAAUUCAGCUGACACAGUGCUAUGGGAACCAACUUUGAAUAGCACCAGUGCUGAUGACAGAGAAUCAUGUAUUGAUUCAGAAGUGGUCUUACUUUCUGACUCAGAAGGGGGCCCAGAAACAUCAAAACGUGCAAUGGAAACUGCAUGCUAUAGCAAAUACACCCAACUAUAUGCACCUACUGUAGUAGAGGAUCUGGACGACUGGAUGUACAGUAUUGAGGACAGUUGCGAUUUUGAAAAGGAUGCAGAGGUGGAAGAGGAAUCUGUGUCAAAUAUCAUUGCAAACCUGGCACUCCAGAUUGACCGCCAUGCCGUGAGCAGAUUUAACAUUUGCCGGUCUGACAUCUGGGAUGGGGCUGUCAGAGGAUUCAAGAGGGGAACAUUCUCUGAGGAAAAGGACCUCCUGGUAAGGUUUUCUGAUGAUGGAGGCAGAUUUGAGGAAGGUGUUGACACAGGUGGACCAAAGAGAGAAUUCCUCUCUCUUCUGAUGAAAAAGCUAAACCAACGACCCAUAUUUGAUGGACCUGCGGAGAGCCGCUACCUUGUCUACAAUGCAACAGCAAUCAGAGAAGAUGAAUACAGUUUGGUAGGGAAGAUGAUUGCUGUGUCGAUUGUACAUGGUGGGCCUGGCCCUAACUUUCUGUCAAGGGAUCUGGUUAGCCACAUUGCAGGGCAGUCCAGUUUCACCUCAUCCAUAAGAGACAUUACAGAUGAAGAAAUAGGGAAAGUGCUACAGCAGAUUGAGAAUGCAUCCUCAUUGGAGCGCUUGCGAGACCUGAUUGCACAGAACAGCAGCAUGUUGCAGACUGCAGGAUGCUUCAAACAUGUUAAAUCAGUGGAGGAAAAACACUUGAUUGUAAAGGAGUACCUCAGGUGGUAUAUAAUCGACAGGAACCACAGAGCAAUUGAAAGAUUCAAGGAUGGCCUUUCCAAGUUGCAGUUUCUAACUGCACUGCAGCAGCAUCCUACGGUGCUGGCCCCCAUUCUCUGCCAUUUGGAUGACAGAUUAUCUGCUGCAGAAAUUGAAAACCUGUUUCAGCCACAACUUAGUCCACAAGGAAGCAACAGGAGGAUCCAGGAGGACAAAGCAAGAAGUUUCUGGGCUGACUAUCUUCUUGAUUGUGUUUCUCCUUCGAAACAAACCUGUAAAAGGUAGACACAAAGUAGGUUAGUCUAGUCUGGUCACUAGACUGUCAAACUGUGUACGUGUUCUACUUCAUGUUAGGAAAAAAAUAUUUAGAUUUAGUUAUGUUUAUAGCAUUGGCCAGAAUUUUGGACCUGUUUUGCUAAUGUCCUUGUUUUUGUCAUGUGGUCUUUGUGACGCAGCUGGGUUUAGAGGACAUAACUUUUCUUUUUUUAAAUCAGUAUUGGAACAUAUUCCGUACUAAACGUCAGGAAAGUAAGGUGGAAGUCUAAUUUAUGAUUUUUUGGCAAUAAUGCCGAAUUCUUUAAUUUGUUGUAUUUUUUUGAGUAUACAUUUUAUGUACAUUUAAGUGGCACUGAAGACAGCUUGUUUUGCUGAAAAUUUAAAAAAUAAAAUUCUUUGACUGCAGGCUCUUCUGUUAAAUCUCUGAAAGCUUUGGUGUGUGUACUUUAAAGGAUUACCGGACAAAUAGUAUAUAUUAAAUAUCAGCCAUGUUCUUCAAGGUGAUGUAUGUCUC